GGGAUCAAAUUUAAUCACCUCAGUAUCAGAAUUCGCGCUCAAGGCGAGGGAUUGGAAUUAUCACACCUUUGGAGAUAUUCUCAAGAAGAAGAACGCACUUUUGAAUACCAUUGAGAGGCUCGAGUCGACACAGGGAGAGGGUGUAGACUCAGAGCAGCCCACCCUUGCACGGCAAUGGCUAGAAGAUGUUCUCGUCCAGGAGGAGUUACUUUGGUAUCAAAAGUCACGGUUGGAUGGGAUUGCGUUGGGUGACCGUAACACAAAGUACUUCCAUGAACACACUAUAAGGAGACGAGGAAGGAAUCACCGCUCUGAAAGACGCUGCUGGGGAGUGGGUGGACGACCAAGCUCACCUACUUGAGAUGGCGCGUACUUGUUUUAGUCUCCUCUACAUUGACGACGGUAUGCCACCAGGAGUUCUCCUCUCGGCCUUCCCUAAACUUUCCAGUGCGCAAUGGCAAUCAGUGGCGGCCGACCUCAGUGCUGAAGAGAUAUGGCAGGCGGUGAAAGCGAUGGGAAGUUUGAAAGCGCCAGGCAAAGACGGGCUCAACCCGCUCUUCUAUCAGCGUUGUUGGGACUUUGUGGGUCCCUACGUUGUAGCUUUUGUGCAGUCCUGCUGGAGCGAUCCUUCGAAGGUGAAGGAAAUUAAUGAGAGAAUUGUGGUACUUAUUUCGAAGAUCAAGACUCCUACUCUGAUAGAGCACUUUCGACCGAUAAGCCUUUGUAACGUGUCUUACAAGAUGAUCACGAAGUGCUUGGCGAAAAGAAUCAAAACUCUGAUGACAGAAUUGGUGGCGGAGACGCAUACCAGUUUUGUCCUUGGACGACAUAUAACUGACAAUAUCUAUAUUUUGCAGGAAGUGGUGCACUCCAUGAGGGCGAAGCGGGGGAGGUCAGGUUGGAUGGUGUCGAAAAUCGAUCUGGCCAAAACCUAUGACCGCAUUAAGUGGAGCUUCGCGAGACACUCUCAAUGCGGUGGGAGCGCCAUCGAAUUUUAUUGAGCUGAUGAUGCAGUGUAUCUUAUCCACCGCAAUGCAGAUACAAUGGAAUGGAGGUCUCUCCCAGUCUUUCAAUCCAUCUAGAGGGCUAAGACAAGGUUGCUCGCUCUCGCCAUACCUUUUUACUCUCUGCAUGGAGCGCCUGGGCAAUCUCGUCAGUGAUUCAGUGGAAAGAGGAGAUUGGCGGCACAUUCGAAUCUCACAUACAGGACCUCUGUUGUCUCAUCUUUUUUUUUUUUGCUAUGAUCUCAUUUUGUUCGGAGAGGCAUCGAUGGCCCAAGUUCAAGUUAUUACGGGAUGCUUGGAAGACUUUGGAGCAGCUUCUGGGCAGCAGGUGAGCUGGCCUAAGUCCAGGGUGUAUUUUUCCAAGAACAUAAACUAAGCACUUGCAACGAAUCUUAGUACGUCCCUUGGCAUACAAGAAACUAAGAAUCUUGGA